UUUUGGUCGGAUAGUGAAAACGUUGGAUAUAAUAUGCAUACUUCCUACGUUCCAUCUUCUAAAUACUUCAGAGUAUUUGUUCACAUCAUAGGAUGGGGACUCUUAUUGGGUUUGAUUUAUUGGUUUUGGAACGUCUAUUUCCAUCGAACAAGUAGCGAUAGAAAUGGAACAGCAGGACUCCCAAUAGGUGCAGCAACAGGGGCAGUGAAACAUGAUUGUCGUGAUCCACUUUAUAGAGAUCCAACAGGUCCCAUUCCAAGAGGUUCACAGUUUGUAGUACGUCUUCGUGCUGCAGCAGGAGAAUUGACUGGAGCACAAGUCAUAUUUUAUAAUGGUGGUCGUCAACAAGAACAACUGAUCUCAAUGAAUCUGACUAAUGGAAACGCCAAGUAUGAUUGGUGGGAAACAACUCUAUCUGCUGGACCUAUCGAAGGUGUACUUUUUUAUGCUUUUCGUUGUGUAUGGAAAGGAGGAGAAUUCUUUUAUGUAUAUCAGAAUAAGCCUUUUGGAAUAGGAACUGCAAGAACUGAUUUUGGGCCUUGGGAGUCUCGUUGGAGUUUGGCAGUUUAUAGUCCUGAAUUUCAAACACCUAACUGGGUCAAAGAUGCCAUAGCUUUCUAUCAUAUAUUCCCUGAUCGAUUCCGCAACGGCAAUCUUUCCAACGAUCCUAACAACCAAACCACUUUUUGUUAUGGUCGUCGAAUAUUUCAACAUCAAGAAUGGAAUGAAUUGCCUUAUGAUCCUUCCAUUCCCAACUCACCUUUCCAAUAUGCUUAUGAAAAUCAAUAUUAUGGCGGUGACUUGCAAGGUAUUCUAGAUAAAUUAGAUUACUUGACUGACUUGGGUAUAGAUGUGAUCUAUUUGAUGCCAAUCUUUCAAAGUCCUAGUUGUCAUGGUUAUGAUACUUCUUCUUGGGAAGAUGUUGAAGAAAGAUUGGGAGACAAUGCAUUAUUUGAACAACUGGCACAAGUCAUUCAUUCUAAAGGAAUGCAUAUCCUUUUGGAUGGCGUUUUUGGAACUUCUAGUAGUGACUCUAAAUAUUUUGAUCGAUUUCGUCGCUAUUAUCCUCCCACAAAGGGAGCUUGUGCUUUUCCUGACUCUCCUUAUCAUUCUUGGUAUCACUUUAUUCCUUCAAAAGAUGGUCCUUGUUAUGAUCAUCUUUGGUAUGAGUCAUGGUGGAGUGUUUAUGAGAAUCUCCCAGCUCUAGUAACUUAUAGAAGAGAAGUUCAAGACUUUUUCUUUCGAGCCAAUGAUUCCAUUGCUAAACGUUGGUGUCGAAUUGCGGAUGGGUUUCGAUUGGAUUCUCCUCAGCAAAUCAGUCAUGAGUAUUGGUCAGGAUUCCGAACAGCUGUAAAGCAAGUCAAAUCAGAUGCCUUUAUUGUUGGUGAAGCUUGGCAUUGGACGGGAGACUAUAUCAAUCACGGCUUUGAAUGGGAUUCCACUACAAACUAUCAACUGAUGACUUAUGUAUUAUCCUUUUGGAGAGAUAGUCAAUAUUUAGAUAAUGAUCAUAUAUGGGGACAGAAUGAUCCGGUAUCUCCUAUGAGUCCUUCUCAGUUUAUAUAUACUAUAGAACAACUUUCAGAUUUGUAUGCUCCCGAGGCGUGGUAUUCCAUGUUGAAUAUGUUAUCUAGUCAUGACACUAGUCGAGCAGUCUUUGUUUUGGAUCAUCAGGCACAAAAAAAUGAUCCAAGUAUCUUUCAUGAGGACUAUGACUGGUCAGAUGCUUUAGCUAGAUUGAGAGGAGCAUUUUCUUUACUUAUGACUUUGGCUGGAGUUCCUAUGAUUUAUUAUGGAGAUGAAGUUGGUUUAGUGGGUCCUCAGAAUCUGGGAGUUACUCAGUUAUGGGAGGAUGAUCCUUAUUGUCGUCUUAGUUUUCCUUGGUUGGAUGCAAGUGGAACUCCUUGGGCAAAACAUUUAAGAACUGAACAAGGACAGAAUAUUACCCAAAGUCAUGUCAAAUUGUUAUUAAAGGCAAGAAGAGAAAUUCGAGCACUUCGAACAGGGUCUAUUCAACCUUUGGUUAUGGAUGACUCUAGAGGAAUUUUAGUUGUUCUUCGUGGUGAUCCUCGAACUACAGAUAUUGCAUUGGUAGCCAUCAAUAGAGGAAGAGAAGGAUGGAAAAAGAGACAACAAAUAAGAAUCAACAUUCGAAGUAUCAACCUUCCAGAAGGAUUAGGUUUGUAUGAUUUCAUGGGUCAAGUAAAGGAACGUGUCGUAUCGAAUCCUAAAGAUGGUUACAUAAGGUUCAACUUGGAGCCUUGGGAGACUUGCAUUUUAGUUCCUGAAGAUAAGAAUGCCUGGAGAAAAGCUCUAGAAAGACGACCUCCAGCUCUGAUAGGAUUGCAAGCUAGGGUUGAUCGAAAUGUUCAUAAACCAAAUAUUACCGUAAUCUUACAAUGGGAUCCUGUUGCACCUUAUGCAGAUGGAACAGAAAGGAAAGUGACGUAUCUUGUUAGUAGAAGUUUAUUACCCAGUCGAGGAUAUGAAGUUGUAGGAGAAACUUGGGAUACGCAAUGGAAUGACAUUGUGGAUUCCUUCUUGGCUGGAGAAGAGACAAAGCCACGACUCUUAGUUCCAGGAACUGUUGGAGAUACUUCAAAUGAGGCUCCUUUUUCUGAAGAAUCCAAUUCCCUGAAUCAGUCCCAUCCUUGGCCUUCCGAUCCAAGUCAAGGAUAUCCUGGAAUUUUGUUUCCAAGGAAAUGGAUUCCUAGUCAUGCCAGAAUUCGACUUGAAUCUUUAGAUAAUAAUAAUAAUAAUAAUAUUAAGAAUGAUAUGAUUAGCAAUUCAGGCAUAGAAUGGAAACAAGACAUUACCAUCAGACAAACUUUCAUACGUCCUAUUCAACGUUGGAUAAGAAAAGAUGCCAAUCCUAAUGAUAAUAAUAAUAACAAUAAUGGGUUAGGAAACGAACGAACUAUAUAUUAUAUGGUCGCAGCAAUGGAUACGGAAACUAAACUAUUGGGUGAUGACUCUUCCAAUCCUUUAUCGGUAAAAGUACCCUUGAUGAAUACUAGUGAUCGACAGUAUAGUAGUAUUACAAAUUCUUUGAGGGUUUCAACACUUCCUUGGUUAAUAGGAGUUGUGAUGAUAUUAUCCUUAUUAUUGUGGACUUUCAUUCAUAGGAGUCUUUCUGGAAGAAGAGUUACUCAUUUGGAAGAAACCACUCCGUUAAUGCACUCCUAAAGACAAAUAAAAAGCCCAAUUGCAUUUCGAAU